GUGACAAAGGUAAAGACGGAAAAUGAAUUGAAAGAUUUUUUGAUUGGAUUUGAUGAGGUUCUUCCAAAUUUUGAUCUUCAACAAUUGCAUUGGGCGCCGGAUAUUUGUAUAUUUAAUUUUUAAAAUUUGAUUUUUGAGAGUUUUUCAAGAUCAUGGAGUUGGGGAAAUUUAGAAAAAUUUAGGAAUUUAGAAACCCCUUAAUCCUGUUCUUGUUUUCUGUUAACUUCCUUGACUAUAUUCUAUCUUCUCACUUGGCAAGAUAUUUGGACAGACUUGACUCUUUCUCAACCCGUCCAAUAUCUCGUCAAGUGUUGAAGUAUCGGGGUAGUCGAAGUUGAAAAUAAACAUCAAUUUUAGUUAUCCGUUAGCAGGGGCGUACCAGGGGCUUCUUGGGCUAAGCCCCCAUUCCCCUCGAAAUGGCGAAAAGAGAAAAAUUUGAGGAGGGGAUUGAGCAAAAAAAGCAAAAAAAAGUGGAAUUUUUUCGUCUAUUACCGUCCAAUUAAAAAAUUUCUGCCUGCGGCGCUCAAAAAUAAAAAUAUGGGGCAAAAAAUAGGAUUUAUUAACGCUAAAGUAAACGCCAGAAUUUUGGCAUACAUCCCAUAUUAGCCUCCAUUGAAAUCGACCCCAUGUCCACGUCCUUGCCCGUUAAUACUCGUCUUCUCGAAUUUACAACAGAUUUGCUAAUAAAAAAGAAAGUUGCAAUUUGGGGAAUAAAUUUGUUAAAAACAUCAAUUUUAAUUUUUACACAAGGAAAUUCUAAUUGGUUAACAAAUAUUCAUCCACUUUUGUUUUGUUUGUGUCUUAAAGCUCGUUAUUUUGAUAAUAUUGAACCUUUCUUAAAAAUUGAUGUAACGCAAUUAUUGAAGCAAUCAUAUAGUGCUGUUAGUUUUCAAACAAGUCAACAGCAACAACAAAAUGUUAGUGAGGUGACUUCGACUGAUAAUUCGAAUACGUCUACAACUCAACGACAACAACCGCCACAAUCAUCAACAACAACAACAACAGCUCCUACAAAUUCGAGUAGUUUAACUUCGACUGCUGUUUCUUUUUUACAAAAAGCUGUCAACACGGUUUCUGGUACUUUUGGCAAUCCAAAAAGUGAUGUACCUUGCAAUAAACCUACUCUUCAAAGUUUGUUUUUUUUAAUUUAUUUUUGGGGCUGUUUAAAGAUGGGGGAAGGAAGGGGUGGGGAUUUCUCGCUGAUCGAAUUUUUCCGACUUUUUCACUAUUAA